AAUUUACUUAGCAUGAGCCAAUUGUGUGACGUCGGAGACAAACUUGACUAAAUGAGCUAGACACUAUUCUUUAUAUUUCUAAAAUGUCUCAUGAAGAAGAUGUUUAGUUGUGACACAGGAUGUUGGGACAUACCAACAUGAGACAAAUGAAAAAAUGACUAAAAAAGUCAGUGAAGGCUUUGCUAAAGAUUCAUUAUAACAAGGAUCGAUUAUGCGAUGCAUGUUAAAGGAAAGCAAACCAAGGCCAUUCAUCCAUUCAUAAGGUCUAGCAGCCGAUUGGCCAUCAGUCAUGCAAAUUGUACGCCUCAUAGCACAAGAGCAUAUGAAUAACAAGCAAUAUGUGGGGAAUGCAGACUUUUUGGUAUUUCGGACACUAAAUCAGCAUGGAUUUCUUGGACAAUUGCAAGAAAAGAAGCUUUGUGCAGUCAUCCAGUUACCUUCACAGACAUUGCUUCUCUCUGUCUCUGACAAAGCUGGUCGAUUAAUUGGCAUGCUUUUUCCUGGGGAUAUGGUAGUCUUCAAACCUCAAGUCCCAAGUCAGCAGCAGCAGCUUCAACAGCUGCAACCACAAUCGCAGUCCCACUUACAUCUCCAACAGCAACAUAUGCAGCAGCAACAACUUCAACAGCAGGCACAGCAGCAUCAGCAUCUUCAGGUUCAGCAGCCGGCUCAACAGCAGCAGCAACAGCAGCCGCAACAAAUCGUUGGGGCUGGAAUCAGCCAAACAUUUAUUCAAGGACAUGGCAGGUCCCAAAUCAUGACACAGGGAAGGCUACCUCAAGCAGGGCCAACCAAUUUGCCCGGAGGUUUUUUACCUUAACCAUGUAUUAAUUAGAUGUAUAUUGGACGUGUCACCUUUCGUUCUAUAGAGUAGCUCUCUUCUUUACUGGGUUAUUAGUAGUUGUACUAGUGUACCUAAAACUACUGCGACCAUUAUCAUUAUGUUCAUGAAUGCUUUACUCCACUUAAGUUAUACUCAUCAUGGGUCCUACUGUAAGGUUUCCUAGUGGUAAUAUUAAUGUGACUGGUUUGUGUUUAAUCAUUCCUGCCAAUCGGCAAAGUUUCCUCGCA